GGUCCGGCGGCGCGCCCUGUGACGGAACUUCCGUCACGACUUCCGGCGGCGCGCGGUCCGUGCUGUGUCAGGCUGGCGCUGCCGCCAUGGCGGGUGAGGGCAGCACGUUCCGGCUGCGCUGCUCCCUGCUGGGACACGGGCAGGACGUGCGCGGCCUCACCCGCGGCCUCUUCCCGGAAGGCAGCUUCGUGUCCGUCUCGCGGGACAGAACCGCGCGGCUCUGGGCCCCUGACGGUCUUAACAGGGGUUUUACUGAGAUGCACUGUAUGAGUGGCCACUCAAAUUUUGUAUCUUGCGUGUGCAUCAUACCUCCAAGUGACCUCUACCCUCGUGGGCUGAUUGCAACUGGUGGCAAUGAUCAUAAUAUUUGCAUUUUCACAGUUGACAACUCAGCUCCUCUUUACGUCCUUAAGGGUCAUAAAAACACAGUUUGCAGCCUUUCAUCUGGGAAAUUUGGCACAUUAUUAAGUGGAUCAUGGGAUACAACAGCAAAAGUCUGGUUGAAUGACAGAUGUAUGAUGACAUUACAGGGUCACACAGCUGCAAUAUGGGCAGUGAAGAUACUUCCGGAACAGGGAUUAAUGUUGACUGGUUCAGCUGACAAAACUAUAAAACUGUGGAAGGCAGGCAGAUGUGAAAGAACAUUCACUGGACAUGAAGAUUGUGUGAGAGGUUUAGCUAUUCUCAGUGAAAUGGAGUUCCUUUCCUGUGCUAACGAUGCUAGUGUUCGAAGAUGGCAGAUCUCUGGCGAGUGUCUGCAGGUGUACUAUGGACAUACAAAUUACAUAUACAGCAUUUCUGUCUUCCCUCGAUGUAAAGAUUUUGUAACAACUGGAGAGGAUAGAUCUCUUAGAAUCUGGAAACAAGGGGAAUGUACUCAAACAAUCAGACUCCCAGCUCAGUCUGUGUGGUGCUGCUGUGUCUUAGACAACGGUGACAUCGUAGUUGGUGCAAGUGAUGGGAUUAUAAGGGUGUUUACAGAGUCCUUGGAACGUACAGCAAGUGCUGAAGAGAUUCAGGCUUUUGAAAAUGAGCUUGCCCAAGCAUCCAUUGACCCUAAAACUGGUGAUUUAGGAGAUAUCAAUGCUGAUGACCUUCCUGGAAGAGAACACCUUAAAGAUCCUGGAACAAGAGAUGGACAGACACGGCUUAUUAAAGAUAAUGGGAAAGUAGAAGCAUAUCAAUGGAGUGUAAGUGAAGGAAGAUGGAUAAAGAUCGGUGAUGUUGUUGGUUCUUCUGGAGCCACACAACAAACGUCUGGAAAAGUUUUAUUUGAAGGAAAGGAAUAUGACUAUGUUUUCACCAUUGAUGUAAAUGAAAAUGGGCCUUCCUACAAACUGCCAUAUAACAUCACUGAUGAUCCUUGGCUGACUGCAUACAACUUCCUGCAAAAGAAUGAUUUAAAUCCUAUGUUUCUGGAUCAGGUGGCCAAGUUUAUUAUGGACAACACUAAGGGGCAAACACUGUUCAGUACAAGUAAUCAAUUUUCAGAUCCAUUUACAGGUGCUGGACGUUAUGUUCCAGGCUCUUCAUCUGGAUCAAGUGCAAUACCUGGAGCAGACCCAUUUACAGGAGCUGGUCGGUACGUUCCUGGUUCAGCAUCAAACACAGUUCCUUCAGUGGGCGGGGUUGAUCCAUUUACAGGAAUGGAUGCCUACCAGUCAGCUGCAGCUAAAGCUGAAAAUAUUUAUUUUCCGAAGAAAGAUGCUGUCACCUUUGACCAGGCCAAUCCUACACAGAUAUUGGGCAAAUUAAAGGAACUUAAUGGCAGUGCAGCUGAAGAACAUAAGCUUACUGAAGAUGACUUGAUAAUCCUAGAAAAGUUACUGUCUGCAACAUGCAACACCUCUACGGAAACACCUACAGCACAGCAACUUCAGACUUUAUGGAGAGCAAUUAACUGGCCAGAAGAUAUUGUCUUUCCAGCGCUAGACAUUCUUAGAUUGUCUGUCAGGCAUCCCACUGUGAAUGAAAACUUCUGCAGUGAAAAGGAGCAUGUACAGUUUAUCAUCCUUCUUCUUAAAUUUCUGAAUCCUAAAGGCAAACAAGCAAACCAGCUGUUGGCACUUAGAGCUCUUUGCAAUUGUUUUGUCAGCCAUGCAGGCCAGAAGCUCAUGAUGGAACAGAGGGAUGAAAUAAUGACACAAGCAAUAGAAACGAAAUCAGGCAAUAAUAAGAACAUCCACAUUGCACUGGCCACACUGACAUUGAACUAUGCUGUAUGUUUACAUAAAGUCAACAACGUUGAGGGCAAAGCUCAAUGUUUAUCAGUAAUCAGCACAGUUAUGGAAGUUGUUCAAGAUCUUGAAGCUAUUUUUAGACUACUUGUGGCUCUUGGGACGCUAAUCAGUGAUGAUACAAAUGCUGUGCAAUUAGCUAAGUCUCUGGGAGUUGAUUCUCAAAUAAAAAAGUAUGCCUCUGUAUCAGAACCAGCUAAAGUAAAAGAAUGCUGUAGGUUUGUUCUUAAUCUGUUAUAAUAAUUUUCUUAGCACUUGGAAUACAGUGUAUGCAGAAAAAAAGAUGCUUUUGUUCAUAUUGUAUGACAGACUAUACUUGGGAAAAUACUGUGGAUUAAUUACACUUGUUGCAAGACACAGAGCAAAUAAAACUUUUUUCACUGUU